GGAUGGCCGCCGGGGCGGGGAGGCUGGGCCCGUGCGCGGGGCGCACGCGUUAAGUUGCACCGCACGUGUAGGAGAAAGUCUCCUUUUGAGAGCGGCCGGGAGCCCUGCUCGACGAGGAGCGCACCCGGGUCGCCGCCGCGGCAGAGCGGGAGUGUGAUCGAGCGAUAUAACUAGAAGGGCAGCUGUUGUAAUCUGAACAAUCUGCCUGGUGCAUAAUCCGGUGAAGUCACGCGGAAGGAGAAGGUUAGCAAUCUGGAGCAAUGGGCGACUGGAGCUUCCUGGGGAGACUACUAGAGAACGCGCAGGAGCACUCCACGGUCAUCGGCAAGGUCUGGCUGACAGUGCUGUUCAUCUUCAGGAUCCUGGUGCUGGGCGCGGCCGCUGAGGAGGUGUGGGGGGACGAGCAGUCGGACUUCACUUGCAACACGCAGCAGCCCGGCUGCGAGAACGUGUGCUACGACAGGGCCUUCCCCAUCUCACACAUCCGCUUCUGGGUGCUGCAGAUCAUCUUUGUGUCCACGCCCACCCUCAUCUACCUGGGCCAUGUGCUGCACAUCGUGCGCAUGGAGGAGAAGAAGAAGGAGCGCGAGGAGGAGCUGCUGAGGGCCGAGCUCCCGCACUCUGGCCCGGCCGCACGCUGCGGGCCCGGCGGCCAGAAGGACAGGCCGCUGCGCGACGACCGCGGCAGGGUACGCAUCGCAGGAGCCCUGCUUCGGACCUACGUGUUCAACAUCAUCUUUAAGACGCUGUUCGAAGUGGGCUUCAUCGCCGGGCAGUACUUUCUGUACGGCUUUGAGCUGAAGCCGCUGUACCGCUGCGACCGCUGGCCCUGCCCCAACACGGUGGACUGCUUCAUCUCCAGGCCCACAGAGAAGACCAUCUUCAUCAUCUUCAUGCUGGCGGUGGCCUGUGUGUCCCUGCUCCUCAACAUGCUGGAGAUCUACCACCUGGGCUGGAAGAAGCUCAAGCAGGGAAUGACCAACCACCCGCGCGCAGACUCCCCCGAGGCCACGGUCGGGGCCACAAAGCCCGGGGGCGGGAGCGCCCUGGGCGCCCCCUCGCUCCCCGAGGCGCCCGCGGUCACCAUCGGGUUCCCGCCCUACAGCGCUCCCUCGGCCUCCUCCCCGGGACAGGCCACCGCCGCGGGCUACCCCGGGGCGCCCCCGCUGGCCGCAGACUUCCGCCCGGCAGCCCUGCCCGAGGCCCGCGCGAGGGACCAGCACCUGCUCAUGACGGAGCAGAACUGGGCCAAUCAGGAGGCCGAGCAGCACACCCCCGCCAGGAAGGCCUCCGGGGCAGCAGCCCCCUCUGCGUCCCCGAGCCCCGCGGGCAGCACCGGGCAGCUCCCGCCGGACGACGGGACGGGCGGCGGCGAGCCCGGCCCGCUGCUGACCGGGAGCCGCAGCAGCCUGGGGGACAGCAAACUGGCAGUGACUCCCGACGACGCGGAGCAGCCGGUGACCCCCCCAGCAGGGACGCGCGCGCCGCCGCUGCCCCCGGCGGAUGCGGGCCGAUUGAGCAAGGCCAGCAGGGCCAGCGGCGGCCGGGCCAGACCCAACGACUUGGCCAUCUAGUGCUGGUCUUUGCAGACAGCUUUACAAUAACCUCUUUUCUGGCAACCAAAACCAAAGUGCCGUUCCAGGCUGCAGGGAGACGGAGCCUGGAAGCGAGGGGCACUGGAGCGCGGGAGGGGAAGAGCCGCGGGAGAGGAGGCUUCUGUGUGUCCAUGCUUGCUGUUCUUAACACGUGAGGUAGAGUGCCAAGACCGCGGAGGCGUGCUGAGGUGGGGGGGCGGGGGGCGAAGUGGGUGCAGAACACCACCGGGGCCGCCUGUGCGGGCGUUGCCGUCUCUGUGGGUACCUGCUCUGCAGCGGUGGAGCCGCGGGGCUCUACCGUCCCUUCAGUCCCCGCAACGAGGAUUUCCAUUCCCAGGCUCUCCAGAGCCUUUGGGCGGCCCAGAAAGUCACAGACGCACUUAGCACUUAUCUCUGUUUGAUACUUUUAACUUAGAGUUGAAUUUCAUUUGGGAUAUUUGCCAAACUGCACUAAAAAAAGAUUUAGAGCAAGUCCAUAUAGUGUCAUUUGAGUUUCUGAAAUUGCCUGUGAAGCCCAGGAUAGCAGACUGCACGCUCCAUGACAAGUGACGAUGAGCAGCUACCCUCCAGAGGCAGAGAUUCAGCCCAGGCGAGAGCCACAGAGGUUGCUGGUAAGAAAGCAGGUAGAAAUGCAGCGACACUUGAGAUAAUUUUUAAACAGCUGAGGAAAUUGAAAUAAAAGUGUGGCAAGUAUGCCUUAGGUAUUUAUUUUUUAAAUGAUAUUUUGUGCUUUGAUCUGAAUUGUACAGGUAUGCCUAUUCCCCCCCUCCCCAUUUUCUUUAAGGAGAAAUGAAAGAAAAAUAGUCCUGUUAAAAUGAAUACUGACCAAGAGAAUGCUAAGUUGUCCCAUUAUAUCCUAGUAAAGAUUUGAACUUUCUUUGAAAGAAAUUCUUCGACCUCACGAGUCAGCUAAUUGCUAUGAGAAUGUACUGUAGAAAAUAAAGGCAGGGGAAAUUUAAGUGCAUUUCAAAUACUUGAAGUUGUGAAGUUUUUGAAUGGAAGGUUAAAAGUUUACUCUUGCCAGAAAAAUUAUUUAUAAAGAUGAAUCAAUGACCUACGUGUUUUAACAGUACAAAAUAAAACUCUCUGAGUUUCCUAACUAUUCUUUGUGGGCAGCCUGUUUGCUUUCUAAAGUGUAAAUAAAAGUAUCUGGGUUUUA